GUUCGACCACCCUGAUGAAAACAUGGCUGCGCCCUUGUGAAAGGAAAGAUAUGCAAGACGUCAGGCUUUGGUGUUUGAAAAGGACAGUAAUACUUGCUUGUUGUGAAAAUGUUGUAUCAUGGCAGACAUAUUAAAACUUCAUUUCAUAGGCUUUCAUCUUGUUUGUCAAAAACUUGGCAAAGAUCCAGUUUAACCCUACAGCACAUAAACACAGAUGACGUCAAUAGGAGGAAAUACUCAGGCUUGUCAAGUCCUAGGUCAGGGCUACAGUUACAGAAGAGCCCUGGUAGUCCAUUGUAUCUGGCAGAGAGUAAAAGACACAUUGAAUAUAACUUGUUCUAUUUGCUUAUACAAGGCUUGGAAUACCAGUUUCUCUUUGUCAAAAGUAUGUCUGGCUUGAAUUGGUGUGCAACUAUUGUGUUAUGUACAAUGCCAUACCGAGCAGCUCUUGCAUGGUUUUUGAAGAAAAAAACUGCUGAACAAAUGUAUGCAAACAGCCAUGUUAAUGAAAACCUGCUGCCAGCUUUACAGAAAAAAGAGUUGAAAAAGUUUAACAGCGGAAAAUACAAGCAUCUGAACGAAAAAGAGAGAAAGAAAUUGUUUACAAAAAAUAUGAAAUACCAACAGAAAAGAUUAUAUGAGGAGCAUAAAAUUAAUGCUUAUGCUAUACUUAUCUACGGUGCAAGUCCAUUGCCAUUUUGGAUUGCCAACAGUUUAGCAAUACGAGGUCUCUCUGGUGCUCAAGUUCCACAUCUGGCUGACAUUGGUGCUUUAUGUCCGGAUAUGCAGACUGGAGGAAUACUUUGGUUUCAGAAUUUAUUUGAAGCAGAUCCAUAUCAUAUACUACCUGUUCUUACUAGUUUAAGCUUUCUAGCGACUAUAGAGCUGAGUGUGUUAUCACAGGAAAACUAUGGAAAGAAGAGUUUAGAUGCUAUUCAGAACUCAUUUUCUGUUAAGGGUUUGAACUUCUUCGUCCGUGGCUGGUGUAUUUGUACUGUAUACAUAUUCUGGAAUUUGCCAGCAGCAGUAACAUGGUAUUGGUGUACAUCGGGAAUUACUAUGAUGAUUGUCAAUUUGGGCAUGUUACAUCCAGAAAUACAAAGACGUUUAACACCACCAAAUGUUCAUGAGAGAAUUAAUGAAAACCCAUACAGAACAGUCCUAAAUAAUAUGAAUAAACGAUAUAACCCAAAAAACUGGUUCUUACCAAAAUGAAAGUGCAGGACAUAGAGAAUACACUGGUAGUUUACUUUAGUGGAGCAUCUGCGUGUCAGAUAUUUGUUGGGUCUUUUUUUUUGCGGUAUUGUGAAAGUUAAAAAGGAUUUUACAGACAAAGUAAAACUCCAAUCAUUCAAAGUGUCACAAGAGGAAAAGUAAAAUGCUCAAGUUACCAAGGGUUACCAGUUAUCGGAAUAAAAAAGGCAAGGGACUACAUCAGUGCUCGAGGGAUUGUUGUUACACAGCAUAGUUGAAUUGUGACUUUAAUUGAGGAAUGCUGAUGUACUGUGAUAAAUCUUUCAGGUAGCUGUUGUUAUGCUGUCAUUAGACAGUUCUGCUUUUGUAUCUUACCUUCUGUAAGUCUACAAUUCCUGCAUUCAAGGCAAGUAGUCAUUUAUGUAUGCUGGGGUUGGUGGCAGUGGAUGAAAAACCUGAAUUACGGUAGUCGCAUAGAAAACAGCUGAUUGCUUAGAAUGUUUAUAUAAGUUAAACACUUUAAUGUUUAGACAUCAGAGUAUUUAAGAAACGCUAGAAUUUUGUCUUCUGUUUUAUUCACAAGUUCUGUAAAAAUAUACAUGAAUCUCUUUUUUAAUCUUUUAGAUCGACAUACAAAGUAUAAUAUAGAGAGCUAUCGUACUCGAUCUGGUGUUGAUUAUGCAUCCACUCCUUGGUUGAAGUUUUGAUGCACUUUCACUUAUCGCUGUUACCCAACAGAUUUGCUUCAAGCUUACAAUAGAUGUUCCAAUUCGUCAUCCACAUCAUAUGACACAAGGUUCAUAACUCUGGCGCCAAUAUAUCAUGAAUUCUGCCCCCUACCCCACCUUUAAGCUUGACUAUUUGAAGAAUAUGGAGAGCUAAUUACUGCUCACAUUUGGGUCGGUGUUGGUUGAAGUUUUUAUGAAAUGGUAAUAUCUUGUACACCAUCAAAGAUAUUUACUUCAAACAUGGAACACUUGUUUAUGAUAACAGUCUCUACCUGUAGGCAAGAGUACUAAUGCUGUCAACUGAAUUAUGGCCCUUUUGGACUUGGAAAUUGGUGCAGAUUUCAUACAAGUCCAUGUCUUGUAAAAACUGUUUGACAUGUGGCUUUGAAACUUUAAACACUUGUUUAUUAUAUUAGUCUCUACCUAUAGGCAACAGUAUAUAACUCUGUCAAGUAUUUUGGCAGAAUUAUGGCCCUUUUUAGACAUUUCAGUUAGUUCAGUUUUCAUACAAGUCAACAUUUUGUCAAAAGUAUUUGAAAUGUGGCUUUGAAACUUUUAACACUUGUUUAUUGUCAUGAUCUCCCUUUGAAGGCAAGAGUACAUAAUUAACUAUUUUGGCUGAAUUAUGGUCCUUUUGAACUUGAAAAUCAGUUAAAUGUUUCAUACCAGUCCAUAACCUCUUUGUCAUAUGGCUUUGAAACUUUGACCACUUGUUUACCAUCAUAUUCUACAUAUGUAGGCAAGACUACGUAAGUAGGACUUUAGCUCAGUUAUGGCCCUUUUUUGACAUAGAAAUUAGUUGAGAUUUGCAUACCAUUCCAUUUUUGUCUAAACUGUUUGAUAUAUGGUUUUGAAACUUUGAACACUUGCUUACCAUCAUUGUCACACAUUGCCACAUAGUGCAAGACUUACCCAAGUCCAAAAAUACAGGUACAUUGUUUUAUCUAUUUGUCUUCUUUUAUCUGAAAAUCUCUGGUAAUAUUUUGACCCCAUACUUCAAUCAAUUCUCCGAAAUAGUGGCGCGUGCUGUCAACAGACAGCUCUUGUUUACUUGUCAGGUUAGUUUUAUUGCACAUUCACUUGGUCACUCUUUUUAUACAUGACCCUGUUAUAAUUCUUUUGUCAGGUUUAAGUUUUUAAUAAACUUUCACUUUAUCUCAGUUAUUACCAAAUGGGUUGCACUCAAACUGAUUUCCAGCAUCAUCAUCCACAUUAGGGAAUAUUUAUCACUAUAGUGAUAGCUCUAAUAUCUGCAGAUAUGCACAAUUUCACUACCAAACAUUGAAAAGGUCUUAUCUGACAGCUCUUGUCCCAAGAGUCAAACACCUUAUAUACAUCACUCUAAAAGUCUCCAUGGGUAGCAGUAGGAGGUUUUUUUUUAGCUCACCUGCUCAGGUGAGUUAUUGUGAUCGCUCGAUGUCCGGUGUCUGUCUGUCUGUCUGCCUGACGUCUGUCGUGUGGCGUCUGUCAACAUUUAGCUUGUGUAUUCGAUAGAGGCUGUAUUUUUCAACUGAUCUUCAUGAAAUUUUGUCAGAAUGAUAACCUUGAUAAAAUCUAGGCUAAGUUCAAAAAUUGAUCAUCUUGUUUGUUUGUUUGUUUUGUUUUGGGUUUUACGCCGUUUUUCAACAGUAUUUCAGUUAUGUAACGGCGGGCAGUUAACCUAACCAGUGUUCCUGGAUUCUGUACCAGUUCAAACCUAUUCUCCGCAAGUAACUGCCAACUUCCCCACAUGAAUCAGAGGUGGAGGACUAAUGAUUUCAGACACAAUGUCGUUUAUCAAAUAGUCACGGAGAACACACGCCCAGCCCGAGGAUCGAACUCGCGACCCCACGAUCCGUAGACCGACGCUCUACCUACUGAGCUAAGCGGGCCGGUCCUGAUCAUCUUGGGUCAAAAACUAGGUCACUAGGUCAAAUCACAGAAAAACCUUGUGUAUGCGAUAGAGGCUGUAGUUUUCAAUUGAUCUUCAUGAAUUUUGGUCAGAAUGAUUACCUUGAUGAAAUCUAGGCAAAGUUUUAGAAUGGGUCAUCUGGGGUCAAAAACUAGGUCACUAGGUCAAAUCAAAGAAAAACCUUGUGUAUGUGAUAGAGGCUGUAUUUUUCAACUGAUCUUCAUGAAAUUUUAUAAGAAUGAUAACCUUGAUAAAAUCUAGGCUAAGUUCGAAAAUGGGUCAUCUUGGGUCAAAAACUAAGUCACUAGGUCAAAUCACACAAAAACCUUGUGUAUGCGAUAGAGGCUGUAUUUUUCAAUUGAUCUUCGUGAAUUUUGGUCAGAAUGAUUACCUUGAUGAAGUCUAGGCAAAGUUCUAAAAUGGGUCAUCUGGGGUCAAAAAACUAGGUCACUAGGUCAAAUCAAAGAAAAACCUUGCAUAUGUGAUAGAGGCUGUAUUUUUCAACUGAUCUUCAUGAAAUUUUGUCAGAAUGAUAACCUUGAUGAAAUCUAGGUCAGGUUCGAAUAUGGGUCAUCUGGGAUCAAAAACUAGGUCACUAGAUCAAAUCAAAGUAAAACCUUGUGUUUGCAAUAGGGGCUUCAUUUUACCCUGGACCUUCAUGAAAUUUGAUCAGAAGUGUUUGUCUGGAUGAAAUCUAGGUGGAGUUUGAAUAUGGGUCAUCUAGGGUCAAAAACUAGGUCAACCGAUAAAUAUAAAGAAAAAUUUUGUGUACACAAUAGGGGCUACAUUUUACACUGGAUAUUCAUAAAAUUUAGUCAGAAUGAUUGCCUUAAUGAAAUCUAGGUCAAAUUAGAAUAUUGGUCAUCUGUGGUCAAAAAACUAGGACACUAGGUCAAAUCAAAGAAAAAAAUUGUGUAUGCAAUAGAGACUGUAUUUUUCAAUUGAUCUUCAUGAAAUUUUGGUCAAAAUGAUAGCCUUGAUGAAAUUAAGGUCAAGUUUGAAUAUGGGUCAUCUGGGGUCAAAAACUAGGUCGCUAGGACAAAUCAAAGAAAAAUGUUUUGUAUGCGAUAGAGGCUGUAUUUUUCAAUUGAGGUAGAUGAAAUUUAGUCAGAAUGAUUGCCUUGAUCAAAUCUAGGAUAAGUUCGAAUGUAGAUCAUCUUGGCUCAAAAACUAGGUCACUAGGUCAAAUUGAAGAAAAUACUUGUUUACACUUGAGACCACAUUUUUGGUCCAAUCUUAAUGAAAAUUGAUCAGAAUAUUUGUUUCCAUGAAAUCACUAGGUCAAACAUGUUUACACUGUUAUGGUGUAUUUCUCAUGUGAGCGACCUAGGGCCACCUUGGCCCUCUUUUAUCUGUUUUAUCUAGAUCACUUCUAAAAUUCUUUUAAUAAUCAUUAAUUUAUGAUCAAUUAAGAACAUAUAUAGAAAAAUAUUGUUUUAUACCUGUUUUCUCAGGUGAGUUAUUGUGAUUGCUCAAUGUCUAUCGUCUGUCUGUCAGCAUUUAGCUUGUGUAUGUGAUAGAGGCUGUAUUUUUCAACUGAUCUUCAUGAAAUUUUGUCAGAAUGAUAACCUUGAUGAAAUCUAGGCCAAGUUUGAAAACAGGUCAUCUGGGUUCAAAAUCUAGGUCAUUAGGUCAAAUCACAGAAAAACCUUGUGUAUGUGAUAGAGGCUGUAUUUUUCAACUGAUCUUCAUGAAUUUUGGUUAGAAUGAUAACCUUGAUGAAAUCAAGGCCAAAUUUGAAAAUGGGUCAUCUGGGUUCAAAAACUAGGUCACAAGGUCAAAUCAAAGAAAAACCUUGUGUUUGUGAUAGAGGCUGUACUUUUCAACUGAUCUUCAUGAAAUUUCGUCAGAAUGAUAACCUUGAUGAAAUGUAGGCCAAGUUCGAAAAUGGGUCAUCUGGGAUCAAAAACUAGGUCACUAGGCCAAAUCAAAGAAAAACCUUGUGUAUGCGAUAGAGGCUGUAUUUUUCAAUUGAUCUUCAUGAAUUUUGGUCAGAAUGAUUGCCUUGAUGAAAUCUGAAGUUUGAAUAGGGUCAUCUGGGUUAAAAACUAGGUCACUAGGUCAAAUUGAAGGAAAUAAUUGUUUACACUUCAGAGACCACAUUUUUGGUCCAUUAUUAAUGAAAAUUGGUCAGAAUAUUUGUUUCCAUGGAAUCACUAGGUCAAACAUGUUUACACUGUUAUAGUGUGUUUCUCAGGUGAGUGACCUAGGGCCAUCUUGGCCCUCUUGUCUAGAGUAGUAACACCCAUUUAUAAAUUCACUUUAUUAUCAGUAUUUUAAGACAUUUCUUCUUUUUAACUGAUUAGCGGUGAGGUUUUCCUUUUAGUUUUUAAAACACUUACCUAUGUUUGUCAAUGUAGGUGAAUUAUGUCUAUGAUAUCAUAAUAAUUAUUUUGUGGUGUGGGAGACAUAUUGAUUUACUCCAGUCUGUGUGUGUGUCUGUUUGUCUGUCACAAAGCUUGUCCACACUCUAAGUCGAACAUUUCUCAUCCUAUUUUCACCAAACUUAAACAAAAUGUGUCUGACAAUAAGACCUCAGCCAAAUUCGAUAACUAGCCAAAUCAGUUCAGGCAUAUUGGAGUUAUGGCCCUUGAAUUACCAAAAAUUGGCCUUUUUACUCUUGUCCGCACUCUAAGUCAAACAUUUCUCAUCCAAUCUUCACCAAACUUGAACAAAAUGUGUUUGACCAUGAAACCUCAGCCAAGUUUGAUAACUAGCGAAAUCGGUCUAGGCAUUUUGGUGUUAUGGCCUUUGAAUUACCGAAAAAUCGGCCUUUUUACUCUUGUCCACACUCUAAGUCAAACAUUUCUCAUCUGAUCUUCACCAAACUUGAACAAAUUGUGUUUAUCAUGAGACCUCAGCCAGGUUCGAUAACUAGCCAAUUCGGUCAAGGCAUUUUGGAGUUACGGCCCUUGAAUAAAAGAAAAAUCAGUCUUUUUACUCUUGUUCACUCUCUAAGUCGAACAUUUCUCAUCCGAUCUUCACCAAACUUAAUCAAAAUGUGUUAGACCAUUAGACCUCAGCCAAGUUCGAUAUCUAGCCAAAUCCGCCCGGGCACUUUUGAAUUAUGGCCCUUGAAUUACUAAUUGGAUCUACUCGUCCAGACCAUCUAAUUGGAUCCACUCGUCUAAACCAUCUAGAGAAGCUAGACAUUUUUCAUAGAGGCAGUUGUGGGAGACAUGCGCUUUUCUAAAAAGCAUCUCUAGUUGUCUCUUAUAACUCUGCUCAGAAUGGCAAUCUAAAAUCUAUAAAAUAUUUAUACAGUAUCUGUUGAUUAAACAAAACUAGUAGACUGUCAAGUUAGAAAAACACACAGCAAUAAAACACAUUUACAGGCAAAGCAGCAUAUAAGCUACACUUAUCUUAAACUUUCAUGCAUGUACAUUCUCCAUGAUGUGUUUUUAAUAUUUCUGUAAUAAAUCGUUAUUUGUAAUAGCUAAAGAGAUUGUAGUAUUUUGUAUAGAGUAAUUUGAGAUCUGUCUUAAGGAUUGGAAAACAAAAUGUGUGGGAAAGAUUGGUCACAUGCUUAAUAGGACAGAGAUUAUUAUGACAAACCCUUGACCUAGAAGCAAUUAGUGAUCAGUAAGUCGAGGGGGAUAUGAAAUCUGUCAUAAUGCAGAUUAAGUAAAUGAGUUAGUACAGAUCUGCUCUCAUAGUACAGCAUUAUUGCAGGCUUAUAAUUGUGUAAUAGAUUUUUAAGCUUGAGAUGAUCAAAGUAUUUUGUUUAGAGAUGAUGUGCAGUAUCUUUAUAAAAUAUCUCCCCAUAAUUUUAGAGAAUCAUAGAUUUGUCCUAUCUAUCUGUACAAAAGUUUGAACAGCUGCUUAUAAUUGGGGAACUAAACAAAAUGAUAUGCAUCGAAGACUAACCUGUGUUUGAGUUCUUAUGCGUAAGAAUAUAUCACGAAGGCCAUAGUUAGACUUCAAAAUAAUUUCACAGAUUUUCCAUUCAUAAUUUUCGAAAACUGUUCAAGCAUAUCAAGUGUAACAGUGGUGAGUGAUCUAGGGCCCUCUUGUUUUAAUGAUAGAAUUAUAAUUUCAGGUACAUACUGCAGAACUGAAUUUACUAAAAAGUUACUUUGUUGACAAGUUUUUCAGAGCAGUAGGCUACGGGAUUUGUCAUGUUUUUAAAUUGAGAAAGCAUUUUCAUAUAUGUCAGUAAGUGAAAAUAAAAAGUGAAUAUAUACGGUGAUUCUGUUUGUUUUGUUUUUUGCUUUUCAGUGAAAUACUGAAAUAUAUCAGUGGAAUAAAAUUGAUAUUUUCACUGUUUCAAAGCAUGUUCUAAGUACGUAUAAAUAUAGAAGCCAUCAAGACAUCAUCUCUUGAAAUCAUGAUAUCUGUGCUGAAAUAUUGUCAAAUAUAUGUAUGAAGUUUACUGAUUUCUUACAUUUUAUUACAUUGGAGUGUGUAUCUUUAUGUUUGUAUGUAGUUAUAUACAAUUGACACUUACACAUGCUUAAGACAUUCUUGUUCUAACUCCGCGAUGUGACGUUGCUCGGAAAAAAUUAAAAGAAAUUUGUUUCAGUGUAAGAUCUAUGUGUAUUUCACUCGUAAACACCAAAAUUUAUAUUUUCAUGAGUGGUGCAACAUACGGUAUUCAUUCGGUGAAAUAUUUUUAGUCUUACACUUGAAACAAACAAAUAUAUAUAUAUAUUUUAAACAAGAUGUAAUUUUUGUACUCAUUAAGUUUGAUAGAAAGUUUGUUACCAUAUAGGUCAGCAGUUAAGAUGUGUAUGUGAAAUAGUAGUAUGGUAUCUGUAUUUGACAUAUUUUUAAGAAAUAAAGUUAUUAUUAAAUGGCA